AGCGUACCCCCGCUACUGAGACCUCGUCCGUGAGCUGGCUUGAGAGCUCUUGUUUCUGUUAAUUAUUCUUUUGUUUGCUCUUUUUUCAACAUCAUCGAUUGUCCCUGUGCCAUUGAUACUUCAGUUGACUCAAGUUUGCUUGUGAAAGUUGAGAAGGUCUGCGAAAGCCAAGAGCUGAGAAAAGCACUGGAAAUAUUUCCAACGAAGCUCUUUACAGCUUCGAUUUCGUCCAAUUCAUCAUUUGUAUACCACAUUGAAGUUUCGUAAUCUCCGAAAUGUCGGGCUAUUACCCUCCCCCUCCUGGCGCUGGAAAUGGUAUGCCACAGCAACAGCAGCAACACUUUGCGCCUCCUCCAUCCUCACCUCCUCCCACUCAAACCUCCCACCAAUACUAUCCUCCUCCUCCACAAACAAGCACUCCACCUCAAGGUGGAUCUUAUCCUCCUCCACCACAGCUCACACCUCCCCAACUCCAGCAACAUUAUCAGACUCCUCCACCUCAACAACAGAUCCCGCAACAAGUCCAACAGCACUAUCAACAACCCCCACCCAACUUCUCGCAUAGAACCUCGUACCAGCAGCAACAGCAACCUGUUCUAGGAGGAGCACCUGCACCAUCUCCGUUGCCAUCAUAUGACCAACCACCUCCAUCCGGCGGAUACGCAGGACACCCCGAGAAAGACAACUAUCCGGAAGAGAAACCGGCUUUGGACACGAGUCAGAACAUAAAUCUGGAUCAUGGUGCGCCUGCCGCUGCGCAUUUCAUCGGCGCUAGUACGACGCAGGAUGAUGUGGGGACUUUCAAUGGAGGGAGUUAUAGGAUCAGUCAUCGAGAUACGAACAGUAUUUUGACGUUGCAACUGGCGAUGGGAUGUCCUUUGACUGUAAAGCCUGGUGCGAUGAUUGCCAUGACUCCCACCGUAACUCUAAAGGGUACUGUUAAGUUUUCCAUCAAGAAACUGAUUGCUUCGGGUGAGAUGGCACAUUCGACAUUCACUGGUCCGGGAGAACUACUCCUUGCUCCUGCUUCUCUGGGAGAUAUCACCAAUAUCCGACUAUCGGGCGAUGAUCAGUGGUCUGUUGGUCGAGAUGCUUUCUUAGCUUGUACUCAGGGGAUUGUUAAAGAGUAUAAGAGACAGGGUAUUGGAAAAGCUAUGUUUUCCGGAGAGGGCUUGUUUGUGUAUAAGAUGAGUGGCAAUGGGUUGCUUUGGAUCACCAGUUUGGGUGCGAUUAUUAGGAAAGAUCUUGCCGACGGAGAAAGAUACAUUGUGGACAAUGGCCACUUGGUUGCAUGGAACACGAAAUACAUCCUCGAGCGUGUAGCAUCUGGAGGAAUUAUCUCUGGUCUCUCUUCCGGAGAAGGCCUGGUUUGCAAGUUUACAGGUCCAGGGACUGUCUUUAUGCAGACCAGAAAUCCGCUUGCGUUUGGACAAUGGUUAUCUGCUCAUGCUGGAACUGUCUAGAAUGUGGAACUUUUCUCUUCGAGUAUUUAUUUCGAUUCUAGUGGCAUGGCUUGGGAGUAAAAUUGGUAGCGAAUCUAUCCCACACUUUGGUUAUUGAUGUAAAAUGAUCGAGAAUUGAGGUUGAUGUCCUCAACGUUUGGAGCAUAUGAAACUCCCAAUUUCAAGUUCGGCUCUUGUCUCUUCCCGUUCUUUCACGCCAUAUAUUCUUACAUCUUACGAACUGCCUG